CAGUGCUCUUUAUACACUGGGGAACUGACACUCGUCCUCUUAGUCGGCCUGCCAGAAGAGGGGAAAGGAGUGCUGGAGAGAAGCUCAGACGGCUGUGUUGGGUGUUGAGCGAAAAAAAAGCAUUUUAAUUCUGUAAACUGUCAAGCGCUGAAAAUUCAACAGCAAAGAUGUCUAAAGGACCAGCAGUGGGUAUUGAUCUAGGCACCACAUAUUCCUGUGUGGGAAUCUUCCAGCAUGGCAAAGUGGAGAUCAUUGCUAAUGACCAAGGAAACAGGACGACACCCAGUUAUGUGGCUUUCACAGACACAGAGAGACUUAUUGGAGAUGCCGCCAAGAACCAGGUGGCUAUGAACCCAACCAACACUGUAUUUGAUGCAAAGCGUCUGAUUGGUCGUAAGUUUGACGAUCUCGUGGUACAAUCUGAUAUGAAGCACUGGCCCUUCAAAGUCAUUAAUGAGUCAUCCAAACCUAAAGUGGAGGUUGAAUAUAAGGGUGAGAUCAAAACCUUCUACGCAGAGGAGAUAUCCUCGAUGGUCCUCACCAAAAUGAAGGAGAUUUCUGAAGCAUAUCUUGGCAAGCCUGUGACCAAUGCAGUCAUCACAGUUCCAGCUUACUUCAACGAUUCCCAGCGUCAAGCCACCAAAGAUGCUGGGGCCAUCUCUGGCCUUAAUGUACUGCGCAUCAUCAAUGAGCCUACUGCUGCAGCUAUUGCUUAUGGACUGGACAAGAAGGUUGGUGGGGAGCGCAAUGUGCUUAUCUUUGACCUCGGAGGUGGUACUUUUGAUGUGUCAAUCUUGACUAUUGAGGACGGUAUCUUUGAGGUGAAGGCCACUGCUGGUGACACACACUUGGGCGGUGAGGACUUUGACAACCGCAUGGUGAACCAUUUCACAGCUGAGUUUAAACGCAAGUUCAAAAAGGACAUCAUCAACAACAAGCGAGCCGUGCGUCGCCUCCGCACGGCCUGUGAACGCGCCAAGCGUACCCUUUCCAGCAGCACCCAGGCCAGCAUCGAGAUCGACUCGCUCUACGAAGGUACAGAUUUCUACACUUCCAUCACCAGGGCCCGUUUCGAAGAACUCAAUGCAGACCUGUUCCGUGGAACCCUCGAGCCUGUGGAGAAGUCCCUGAGGGAUGCCAAGAUGGACAAGACACAGAUCCAUGAUAUUGUCCUGGUGGGCGGCUCCACACGUAUCCCUAAGAUUCAAAAGCUGCUCCAAGACUUUUUUAAUGGUCGUGACCUCAAUAAGAGCAUUAACCCUGAUGAGGCUGUCGCCUAUGGUGCAGCUGUGCAGGCCGCCAUCUUGGCUGGGGAUAAGUCUGAGAAUGUACAGGACCUACUCCUGCUGGAUGUCACACCCCUUUCCCUGGGAAUCGAGACAGCUGGAGGAGUAAUGACUGUCCUUAUCAAGAGAAACACCACCAUCCCCACUAAGCAAACCCAGACCUUUACCACCUAUUCAGACAACCAGCCCGGUGUGCUCAUUCAGGUGUAUGAAGGUGAGAGAGCCAUGACUAAGGACAAUAACAUCCUUGGGAAGUUUGAACUGACUGGUAUUCCACCUGCUCCAAGAGGGGUUCCUCAGAUCGAGGUGACCUUUGACAUUGAUGCAAAUGGCAUUCUCAAUGUGUCUGCAGUGGACAAAAGCACUGGAAAGGAGAACAAAAUAACUAUCACCAAUGACAAAGGCCGGUUGAGCAAAGAAGACAUUGAGCGCAUGGUGCAGGAAGCAGAGCAGUUCAGGGCUGAGGAUGAAGUCCAGAGGGAGAAAGUGACAGCCAAGAAUUCCCUUGAAUCUCUCGCCUUUAACAUGAAGAGCACCGUAGAGGAUGAGAAACUCCAAGACAAGAUCAGCCCAGAGGACAAGAAGACUAUUGUGGACAAGUGCAACGAAGUCAUUGCAUGGCUGGACAGAAACCAGAUGGCAGAGAAGGAGGAGUAUGAUCACCAGCAGAAGGAACUGGAGAAGGUGUGCAACCCUAUCAUCUCUAAACUAUAUCAAGGGGGCAUGCCAGGAGGAAUGUCAGGAGGAAUGCCAGGAGGAAUGCCCGGUGGCUUCCCUGGCGGUGCAGGAGGUGGCUCCUCUUCUGGCCCAACUAUCGAGGAAGUUGACUGAACUCAGUGUUUUUUACUAUUUGCCAAUAGAUAUUCACCUUACCUAGUACACAUCUGAUAAAUAUCUAGUCAAGUUUAUAACAAAUGUUUUGCAAUAUCUAAGCACACAUCACAUUCAAUAUCCAGAUGCAUAUUUAGAUAGUUUAAAAGUCACACCUUUGUAUCAAUGCUUUUUUAUGCAAAAAAUCAAUAAAUAUCAACAGUAAAUUCUGAUUUGAAAACUUUAA